AUGACUAACUCAUCACCUGUUAAGGAAAGGAUUAGCAAUGGUAUUCAUCAUCAUUCAUCUGAUAAGUUCAAAGUUGCAAAGAAAAGAAGAGGAAGUUCAGUGUCAGAGAAUGCCAAUAGAUCAGGAAUUGCAGCUGCUGUUGCACUAGCAAAAGCAGCAACUGUACCAUUUCCUUUGAAGAGAAAUUCGGUUUCCUCAUCAUCGUCAACUUCACCACCAACAGAAUACACCAAGACCAUCGCAAAUCCAAUUACUUUGUCUCCAAUAGUUAUUAGUGAGUUGAUUAAACCGGGAGAAAAGACUAUAAAAGCACCUAUAAAGGCCCCACCAAAUGAGUUUGAAGAUAAAUAUGUCAAAUUAUUCAUUGACUCCCAUCAUGAUGACGACUCUGUGAUUACAAUACCCGAAGAAAGUAAACUAAAGUUUCUGCCUAUCGUACUAAAGCCGUUAGCGAGUAAGGAUAUACAGGACUUCGGUGUCUUCACCUCUAUCCCUUGCUCGAAAAAAGAUUAUAUUCAAGAAUAUAGUGGUAUGAUAAGUUUCUCCAAGCAAUACGUGAAUAACGCUGAGAAUAAAUACGAUAUCCUUGGUACUCCAACUAGAAACAUUUUGUUCCAUCCACAUUGGCCACUCUAUAUAAACACGAGUGGAACUAAAGGUGCUCACAAUGUCUUGGAACACUUGAGAUGUAGUUGCAACCCCAAUGUCGAGCUUGUCACAGUUAGGAUAAUGGACAACAAACCUAGAAUAAAGUUUGUUAUUAGAGCAAUUAGAGAUAUUGCAGAAGGAGAAGAAUUACAGAUUGCAUGGCAAUGGGAUAUAAAUCAUCCAAUGUGGCAUGUUGUUCAGGAAUUACAAGAAUUUGAUUCACUUAAUAACAAGGACAAAUGCCGUGUUAGUAGAGCUGCCGAGGCUUUAUUGCAAAGUAAUCAAUGCGCUUGUACAGACUUCAAAAAAUGUAAAUUGAGAAAAGUACAGCAAGACUCUCGUAAUUUCAUCAAUAACCUCAGUGCAUUAAUGAAAAAAGAGCUGAAAAAUGAGAUGGGUGGUUGA